ACACAUUGAAGAGUGUGCAACACAAAGCUUAUGGAUGUCAAACGGGAACCACUGGUAGCCUAUUAAAGAAGCUUUAUUUUAAAGAUCUAAAUCUUGUUUCAGGUCAAAUGUGUGACUAUUGGAAAAUAUCAGUUUCAUUUUAACAAGUAACUUAUCAAGUAGACCCAGAACAUCUGCGUUGUUCUCAAUAACAUAGUGACAAAAUGGGUAACGAAAAAAAAAACGCAACAUUUUUAAAGACAAGGAAUUUUUGUUUUUAUUCUUUAAGACUUAAACUCAGAUUUGUUCAUUGGGGGUUUAUGAUCCAAGCCGCUUCUCGGAGCGUCAAGGCGUGAGCGCGUGUGAAGCUGCAUCAUUCUCUCCUCCUCUCCGUCUCUCCCUCAUAUGCGCGCAUUUCUCCGCGCUGCAGCCCUCCAUCGUUAUUCACAGAGGGGGUUGCCCGACUCCUCUCCCAUCUCCUCCAUUCCGUCUCAGAGGUGGAUGCCAUGCCAUCGGAUUUUCUUCAUUUAUCAGCUGUUUGCGUUCACAUGACAAGCCCGCCGGGAAUGUUUUAAGGGUAGGAGAUCCCUCUUGGUGGCGACAUUACAGCAGAUGGAGAAAGCCCUCCAUCAGCUUCAUCAGCUACUGUCAGUCACAUCAGGAUUGAGUCAGUCAGUACCAUGGACCUUUAGGAGCAGGAAUGGCAACUUACAGCACCUCACGCUCUGACUGGACUGAUUUGUAGCAUGCGUUCCCUACGUAAGACAGUGCUGUUAGCUCUGGUAGCAUCAGUGGUGCUGGUUUUGGCAGUGCUCCACUCGUGGCCCACACGGGUCUACAGUACCGUGGAUGUCCGGUAUAGACCAGGUCCUGGAGCUGAGCGGCUGUUGGAGGAGAGACUUCCCGAACUGGACCCCAGCGCCAGCACCAUCCCGUACCGCGUCAGGGAGAGUGUGGCACGGCUUUUGGCUCGUAACGGCUGUGUUUGUGAAGGAGAGAGCAGAGGGGUCAACCUGCCCUUCGCUCAGCUGUUGUUCCCCAGAGUCUCAGCUCAUCCCCUGCACACUGCCUUCCAGGCCUCGCAGCUCGAUGAGAUGAAGAAACGCCGUGCCAAAGAGUACCAGAGCUUCCAAAUGAGGUCGCAGACCCCUGCUGAUCUGCUGAUUGUAGCUGAAGCUAACAACCCCCUGCAAUAUCCAACGCAGGGUGUGGAGGUUCGGCCACUUAAAACCAUCCUUAUACCAGGUUUGGCCUUAAAAGAGCUGCCCCGAGAUGUCUAUACUCUCAAUUUUUCAGCAUCUCUGGGCACGUUUAAUGUGGCAGCAGAGGUGGAGGGGGUGAAGGUCAGGGGUGACGGCGAGAUGCACAUGACUCUGAGCAGCAGUGUUUUGUCCAGUCUCAAUCGACAGCUCCAGUUCAUCACAUAUACGAACACACUGUUCCACCCCAGCACAGCAGACACAGUGCAGUUAGACACAGAAGGACAUCAGGCUCUUUUCACCAUCAAGAUCCGUCAUGGAGUCACACCCAAACUCUACAACACAGGCUCUGAUGCAGAUAAAGAGUAUAACAUCAGCGCUCUUGUAACCAUUGCAACCAAAACCUUCCUGCGCUAUGACAAGCUUCAGAAUUUAAUUGACAGCAUACGACAGUACUAUCCAACGGUUACAAUAGUAAUAGCGGAUGACAGUGAACACCCAAAAACUGUGUCAGGCCCAUAUAUUGAACACUAUAUCAUGCCCUUUGGAAAGGGCUGGUUUGCUGGGCGUAAUCUGGCCGUGUCACAGGUCACCACCAAAUAUGUGCUGUGGGUGGAUGAUGACUUUAUCUUCAGUGCAAACACAAAGCUGGAGAAGCUGGUGGACGUUCUGGAGAAAACUACUCUUGACCUGGUUGGAGGAGCAGUGCGUGAAGCUACAGGCUACACCGCCACCUACAGGCAGACUAUCUCCAUUGAAGCCGGUGAGGAGGACGGGGACUGUCUGCACAUGCGCAGAGGCUUCCAUCACAUCAUUCAGGGCUUUCCUCACUGCGUGAUCACUGACGGGGUCAUCAACUUCUUUCUCGCCAGGACAGAUAAAGUGCAGCAAGUUGGCUUUGACCCUCGGCUAGCCCGUGUUGCACAUCUGGAGUUUUUCAUCGAUGGGCUCGGCUCUCUGCAUGUUGGUUCGUGUGAUGAUGUCAUUGUGAACCACGCCACUAAGAUCAAGCUUCCCUGGGGCCAAUCGGAAAGCGACAAAACGUACGCAAAGUUCCGUUACCCUCCAGCUUCAUCCGAUGCGACGCACACCAAAAAUGGCCUCUUGUACUUCAAAAACCGCUUUCAGUGUCUAACACACAACUGAACACACCCUGACUAUGCCUUCUUUCCUUUCACUCGUCCUCCCUCAAUCGAACACUCUCUCCCCGAGUCGCUAAAAGGGGCCCGUGAAGACACUGGAGGUGCAUCUACUGUAUACGGUCCCAUUGGGGGAGCUCAAAUAGGCCUCUUCUUACGGAAAGAGUCCUAAUGUGAUCGGACAUGACUGACGGAUGAGACGCACAGUGAUGGCUGAUUAGUUUUUUUGAUACCUGAAGAUGUCGUAUUUUUGUCUCUCCUUUCUUUAGCUUUAUUUUGUUCAAAAGAAUUCUUUAGAUACAGAUCAAACCAUUCCGUAAAUGAUAUCUUUUUCUCCUCUCCUCAGCCAAUCGUGUUUUUUCAUCACAUUUAAAGGGCCAGUUGAGCACAAAAAUGUAAAUUCUGUCAUUAUUUAUUCAACCAAACACAUUUAUGAAAGAUUAAAGGGGUGGUGAACUGAAAAGUCAAAACUCAUUUGAUCUUUUGACAUGUAAGAGGUCACUGAGGUAUAAAAAUAUUCUCUAAGUUUCAGAACUCAGUGUUCCCAUUAGUCUAAAACAGCUUGCGUUGAAUCCAGGUUACCAAAAUAAUCAGUUGUGAAUGAGUCACUCUAUGUUGUAAUAGUGUGGUUAAACUCCGCCUCCACUAUUGAAGACCACUGCUUGCUUCACUGUCUGUUUAGCCCCACCCACUGAUUUAGGCUGUUGUAGGACAAACAAAUGGCAUACAUUGUGGGAAAAACAUGUGGAAAAACAUCCCAUCAGGAAAUAUUGGAUAAACUUUAUUUAUAUUGUAGUUGUAGACUGCUUUAGGUCCUUUUUAACUUCAUUUCAACUUCAUCAAACUUUUUUUAUUGUUGAUUGUUUUACAAACAAAACACAAUUCAAUGGUGGCUUUUCAGAAAGAUUGAAACAAAAAUGCUGUCACUAAAUUGCAUUCGAAAUUAAUGUCGCACCACACAUUGCAUUGGUUGGCACUAGGGCUGCACGAUAGUGGAAAUCUGGCAUUGCAAUAUUUCGUUUUUCUUCGAUAUUUAUUGCAAUAUGAUUUUAUUUAUUUCACCAGAUGACUUGAAUAGCUCAGUUUGAAAAGAACUCAUCAUCUUAUUUGGAUUGGGAUGAUUUCAUAGGCCAGAUUUGUUUGUGUAUGUUGAAUAAUUAAAUGUAAGCAAAUAAAAGUACACAGUCUUCAUUGUAUAAAAGUUAAAUUGUUAUAAUUUCUUGUACGCAAGCUAUUUAAAUGCACUUGAAAUCAUGCAUAGUCCUUAAAAACAAAGCAAACAGGCACUAUUUCACUCUAUUAGGUUGAAACUUCACAAUCACUCAACAAUCUCAUUCUUGGUCAGCUAUAUUUCCACUCAAAUUUCCUGAGGAAUGAAUAAACUGAAGCUAAACUUUGCAGAUCCUGCAAUGUGACUAUUGUCGAAUGAUCACAUGAUCACAUUGUGAUAUUGAUGCUGAAACUACAUAUUGUGCAGCCCUAGUUAACACACAUCUAUCCUUUUCAUCUUUGGCACCUAAUCUUUAUUUAAUUUUUAAACAUGCAAACUUUUAGUCAUUCAGAUUACAAUCUGCCACGCAUUUUCAAGCAGUGUGCACAUAUGAGGAGGUCGAAACAGGACAGAAAUUAGCCUAUUACUACACUGUAAAAGAAAUCAGUAAUUUUACGGCUUAUUUCUGACAGCUGGUGUGCCGAGAAAAAAAAAA